AGGAGCGGGUUACUAUGAUCUUCAACGCUCACUUCAUUGACUUCAGAGUAAUCACGUGACGUAGUCUAGUCUUAUUUUUCUCCUAAACUAAGCACUGUGGUACUUGAUGUUAUUUAUAUUGAAAUGUCAGCUAUCAUUGUAAACCAUAUGGCAUCUUCCGAUGGUCUUGCAGAAGUUCAAUUACAACCUGGAAUAAACGAGGUAGUAGAAUUGGAAGAUAUCCCUGUGGAACUACCAGUUGGAAGUGUAGACCCCAGUGUUGAAAAUGUUGAUGCACAUCCUAUCAUAUCUCUACAAUCAUUACGUGAACCUGAUAGUGAUGACUUAAUUUUACAUGCCCAGGAAGAAAUUGUUGUUGACGUUGAUGAUUCAGAUGUGUAUUCUGCUUAUAGUAGUAUGUCUGUGCCUUCGCAAGAAGAGCUUUUAGAAACGGAUCCUGGCACAUCCAAACGCAGCAAAAAGAAGAAAUUAGCAAAAGCCAAAAUAGAAAAUGAACUCACGUAUGAAAUAGAACGAAGCUCACGGAGAUGGGAACAGAAGCAAGUACAGAUAAAAACUUUAGAAGGUGAAUUUUCUGUAACUAUGUGGGCGUCCGAAACAGAUGAAGAUGAACCUACCACUCCUGAACCGGAUCCUGAUUAUACAGAAUACAUGACUGGAAAGAAAAUCCCGGCUAGUGGUUUACCAGGAGUAGACCUUAGUGACCCAAAGCAACUAGCUGAAUUUGCCAAAAUGAAGCCUCGGAAACUAGCUGAUGAUUUGUCCAGAACAAUAGCCUGUCCUCAUAAGGGAUGUCUAAAAAUGUUUCGGGAUAACUCUGCUAUGAGGAAGCAUCUUCAUACCCAUGGUCCCCGUGUUCAUGUAUGCGCAGAAUGUGGAAAAGCUUUUGUUGAAAGUUCAAAGUUAAAAAGGCACCAGUUAGUUCAUACUGGUGAAAAACCAUUUCAAUGCACUUUUGAAGGUUGUGGCAAACGUUUUUCUUUGGAUUUUAAUCUUCGCACUCAUGUUAGAAUACAUACUGGUGAUCGACCGUAUGUUUGUCCCUUUGAUGGAUGUAACAAAAAGUUUGCACAGUCAACCAACCUUAAAUCUCACAUUCUUACACAUGCCAAAGCAAAAUGCCGAAAGUAAAGUUGUAUAAAAUGUUUCAUCAUCAAAAGUUCAGCUUUAAAGCUACUAUGCCAGUAGGAUCCUUUUCAGGUGUUUUUUGUAAAAAACAUGGAUUUACUGCAAAAGGAACUAUCAGCAACCUUCGAUUUUUAUAAUUUGAAUUUUCUUCUCUACUUCUUUGUAAGGUACAUUAUUCGUAACUGUGAAGAAUCUUUUCAUUUAAAUUAUUUAUGUGCAUGAAUAACAUAGAUAUAUUUGAGAUGUGUAUAAAAUCAGUGCAAUAUUUCAUAAAGAAAGAAGGUACAGUUUCUUCAUUACCAAAGCAAAAGGAUCCUUUUAGGCAAAGUGAAUUGAAGCAUCCUUUCAUCAGCUUCCAUCUUCAGGUCCAGAGGUUAUGGGUUAAAUCUCUACUGGAUGCAAUUAACUUUACUUUCUAAGAUUUGAAUUUGUGAUCCUUGCCUCAGGAAGUACUGAAAAGCUGAAAAAUGUGAUUUUUAUACCCAUUUUGUAUAUGAACUCUUCACUUGACUUUAGAAAAGUGGCCAAUUUUAAAGAACAUUACGUAGUUUUAAAGAGAAUUCUAGAGAAAUGUUUAUGGAGCAGCAUGCCAACUUCAAAAAGUAAAUAUGAUCUAAUGUGGUUAUUGGUGCAAACAUUUGUUUACAAUGUUAGAGUGGAAAUACCUUGUGAAAAUGAAACUGUAAAAAUUGUCAUUGUUUUAUAUUCAUAACUUUGUAUAAAAUGUUCAUAAUUUGUUCUUUUUUGUUGAAAGCUUUUAAAAGUGAUAUUUUUCUUACUGUUAUUUGACUGUUAGAUCUCCCACCUUAAAUAUGAAAUGAUGUAAAUAUAUUUUUUGUCUAGAAUUCUCAUUCCUAUCGCAAAUACAUUCACAUGUGUGACAUAAGAUGCAAGCUUUGUUAAGCAUCUGGUACAAAAAAAUUUUUAUUUGAUUUUAAACUUGACAAUUUUAAUCAAGCCACUAACACUGCUUAAAUUAUACAUUAAAAAUUGAAAACUGAUACACGAUAAUGUAAUUUAAUGUUUCCAACAUUAGAAGUCACAGUAUUUCAUUUGAAAUUGUAAAAUAUUUAAUUGUGGCUAUUACAUUUUUGUAUCUAGUUGGGUUCCAUUUUUAUGAUUAAUUGAAAAUCGUACGUACAUUUUUUGGUUUUUAAUACAUCAAUAUAAAAAAAAGCACGAAUUUCAACAUUGCAUUUUUUGAAUAUUGGAAAUUUUCUCAUUUUUCUGAAAACCAAAAUGUUGGUUGAAUUGUAUUCUAAAUUUUGGAAGUUGUGGUAAUGAUUUAACCCUGCUGUUUUGGUCGAGUCUAUAUGACCCGAAAUAAAAUUUAUGCAUUGAUAAAAAAAAUAUAGUACAGGUAUAUUUUCAUGAAACUUGUUGACAUCUUUGGUAAAUAAUAUAAAUAUGUACUCCCAGAGGGAUUUAUGUUUAUUUGUAUUUCGAAGGAAUAUUUUUCAAUGUAUACCUAAUGUAUCGUUCGGGUCAAUAUGACCCAAUGAAAAAAUAAUCAUUUAUUUUUACUCAUAUAUGCUCAUUUUUGUUUGGAAUAAUUCAAAAGAAAAGAAUAAUAAUAGUUUCUUUAAUUUAUCCGUUUUCGAAAACUGUUUCAUUGACAUGUGUUUGAUUACAUGACAAACGAUAGCAUGCAAGGUCAAAAUUUGCAAGUUGUCAAACUAUUUGCUCUUAUUGCAACGUUUCUUUUUUUUUUUUUUUUUUUUUUUUUCCUGCUGUAUUUCACUUUCUGAUAUACUGUAAAAGAAUUGUGAAUGUGAGAGAAAAAAUACUGAAUCGCAUAAAUUUGAGUCACAUUGAUUUAGCUAAACUAAUAAUUGAAUUUCUGGCAACGAUUUUGAUACAUACUGCAAAAAAAGGUUUGUUUUCUGAAUCGGGUCAUAUUGACUCGAACGCUACAUACAUGUAGUAAAUACGAACACAACAGCAGGGUUAAAUAAAAUGUGGCUUGUAUUAGGAAAGUAAAGAUUGUUUCAGAAAUCUUUAUAUUAUUGGAUGUAAUUUAUAUAUAAAAAGUUUUAAUUUUUGCAUAACGAUUGAUAUUGAAUAAUUCAUACUUUUUUAGAUUACCAAGUUUACAUAUCUAAAUUCAAAACGCCAUAUUAGUACUAGGAAAUUAUCUGGGUUGUCAUGUUUGCAUUGAAUGAAAAUGUAAGAAAAUAUGAAUUUACUUAAUUAUAAAGACAUUAUUUUUCACACAUGUUCGUUAAAUGUAAUCGCAUUUAUCUAAAAAUUGAAAACCUUCAAAGCUAUUCAUUAUAUUUAAUGAAUUCCCAAUUGAAAUAAAUCAGGAAACAUGGAAGUUUAUUUUUUGUUUAAACUUAUAUAUAUGUAUCAAUCGUAUAU